AUGGCAGAUUCGGGGGAAAAACAUGUUGGAGAAUCGUCAACACGCCGAAAUGCAUCAAAAAGGAAAGGACAGGGUCAGAGGCACUCUGUGGAGGCUACUCAGAGACUUGAAGCAUUUUACGAGAUAUGUCGAUUUCCAGACGAGGACCAACGAAAUCAACUGGCUUUCGAAGUAGGGCUUGACCCUGAUCAGGUCAAGGGUUGGUUUCAAAAUAAAAGGACUCAAUCAAAGACAAAAGAUGAGAGAUCAGACAACAAGACUCUUCGAAACGAAAAUGAAACAUUGCGUUUAGAGAUUAUUGCAAUGAAAGAGGCAAUUAAAAAUAACAUGGGCUCACAAAGUGAUGGUCCAUCCAUUGGAGAAGAAGAGAGAGCAAGAAAUGUAGAAAAAAUGAAGAUAAACAUUCAAAAGUUGAGAGAGGAGCGUAAAAGAAUAUCAAAUAUCAUCUCAAGUUAUGAUGGGAAGUCUUUUGUGAUGGAUUCAAAUUCUACUCUUGAAUCUCUGGCUGAUAAAUCUUUGUUGAAGCAAACUAUAUGUGGCUCGUCCAUUGAACAUACUUCUUCGGGAAAUAAUAAUGACAUUUACAAUGCUCGAAUACGUAUGAACAAUAUCCCAAUAAUAUCAAAAUUAGAACAAGAAAAUUAUGGGUUUCAUCAUGAUGAUAGUAAUGGGGAGAAAUCAAUUAUUUUUGAGAUAGUUGUUCCUGCUAUCAAUGAAUUGCUUGGACUUGUGCAUGUGGAUAAACCACUUUGGAUAAAAUCAUCAGUCGAUGAAGGGUGGACUAUUCAUCGUGAGGGUUAUGAUACAACAUUUCCAAAUUCAAAUCGACCUUAUAAAUCAUCAACUGCUCGAAUUGAAUCAUCAAGGUAUUUUGGAGUUGUGCCAAUGACUGGAAUUGAUUUGAUCAACAAUUUUCGUAAUCCAAUCAAAUGGAUGAACAUGUUUCCUACUAUAGUCACAAAAGCUAAGAUUGUUGAUGUUCUUGAUUCUGGGAAUACAGAAGUCUCUAUACAAUUGAUGUAUGAAAAGAUGCAUAUUUUAUCUCCUCUAGUUGAAGCUAGAGAGUUUGUCUUCAUACGUUGUUGUAAACAACUUCAACCAACAACAUGGAUAAUGGUGGAUGUUUCUUAUGAUUUAUUCAAAGAGAUUCAAAUUUGUGCACCUUCUUAUGCUUGGAAGUUUCCUUCUGGUUGUUUAAUUCAAGAAAUAGGCGAUGGCAGAAGUGUGGUUGCAUGGAUUGAACAUGUUCAAAUAGAUGAAAAAUGUCAUGAGGUGAAUCAUCUCUUUAGACACUUGUUAUGUCGACGUCAUAUAUAUGGAGCUGAAAGAUGGAUUGCUACACUUGAAAGGACGUCUGAGAGAUAUAAUAAUGAAAUGUCUACAACAGGUUUCAAAGGAGAAGGCUUGAAAAAUGCGAUGAACAUAUCUCAAAGAAUGGUGAAGAGGUUUUGUGAAAUCCUAAGUAUGACAGAUAAAUUAGAUUUUUCAACUUCAUUACUUUUGAAUAACGAAGAUAGAGUUUCGAUAAGAAAAAAUAAAGAAACUACCCAAUCGAAAGGCUUCAUUGUUACUGCUGCUACUUCUCUGUGGGUUCCUCUUUCAUUUGAAACUAUUUUUGAUCUUCUCAACGAUAUCAACACAAGAUAUCAGUGGGAUGCUUUUUCUGGGGGAAAUUAUACCGCUGAAAUGGAUCGACUGUCUACGGGAACUUCUACAAAAAAUUGUAUUACAUUCAUUGAGCUUAAUACGACAAGGGAGAACAACAUGGUACUUCUUCAAGAGUCAGGCAUCGAUAAAAUGGGAGCUUUUUUAAUCUAUGGACUAAUAGAUUCAACAGCAUACAAGUCAUUUCUCAGUGGAGGUAAUGCGGAAGAAGUUUUUAUUUUGCCUUCAGGUAUCAUCAUAAGUCCUGAUGGCCGCCUCACCGACAAUAAUGAAAAUGUAAAAAAUGGAUCAAUCUUGACAGUGGCUUUUCAGAAGUUGAAUUUUGCAAAUAAUUCAAUCUCCCAAGACCAACAUGAGGAGGAAAUGGCUUAUAUUCAUAACCUUUUGAGCUAUACGGUUUUAAAAAUCAAAGCACUAUUGGGUUGCUCUGAUUAA